AUGGUGAUAACGAGGAAGCUAAACUACGACGCCCCACGCUUGCGCAUGGGCGGGGGCGACAUUGAGCUCUCUAGGGAAAUUAAAAUACUUGGCCUAACAUUGGACGACAGGCUUACCUUUAACCAGCACGUAGAUAAUGUAUGCAGGAAAGUGCAAGGCCUGUACGGCCAACUAUCUAGAGCAGCCAGGGUCCAAUGGGGGUUGUCCCCCGGGGUGGUCAGAACGAUCUACACGGCGGUCGUGGAGCCGGUGAUUAUGUACGCUGCGAGUGCAUGGUCGCCGGCUACGCGUAAGAAGGCGGUUAGAAGGAGGUUGGAAGCCGUUCAGAGGGGCUUCGUUCAAAAAAUCGUCAAAGCCUACAGGACGGUCUCACUAAACUCUUCCCUGCUGCUCGCCGGACUACUACCGCUGGACCUCAGAGUCCAGGAAGCAGCCGCCCUGUAUGAGAUCAAAAGAGGUGUGUCCCGGCGGGUGGUAGGGGAUCGAGAAAUAGAAAAGAGAACGUCCUGGAGAGACAUGGCGCAUCCAGCGGACGGGACGGAGCUGGAGUUCGUCUGCCUGGAAGACGGUGCAAUGCCGUCAGAAAAUGGUGUCAACAUUUUCACGGAUGGGAGUAAGCUGGAGGGUAAGGUAGGAGCCGCACUGUCCGUAUGGCACGGUGAUGCGGAAACCAAAACCCGAAAGCUGAAACUAGAGAACUAUUGCACCGUCUUUCAGGCGGAACUACUGGCACUUAACGAAGCGGUUGGAUGCGCGCGAAGUUCCUCAGAAUGUUGCCACAACAUCCUGUCGGACUCCCGAUCGGCCUUACAGAUGGUCAUAAAUCCUAGUGCGAAUCACCCUCUGGCAGUGCAAGUAAGGAACAAUAUAAAAGAGAUUAGGGAACAAGGUAAAAGAAUAAAAUUAUACUGGAUUAGAGCGCAUAUCGGAACGGUCGGAAAUGAAAGGGCUGAUGAGCUGGCAAAAGAGGCUGCGUUAAAAACUAAAAGGAAGGCCGAUUACGACAAAUGUCCGGUUUCAUUCGUCAAGCGACAAAUCCGAAAGGACUCGCUUGACGAAUGGAACCGGAGAUAUACGGAAGGAACGACAGCCUCUACGACAAAAAUCUUCUUCCCAAACGCGAUAGAGGCAUAUAAAAUUGUUAGAAAAAUCGAGAUGGAGGCAACAAUAGUGCAGGUGUUCACGGGGCACGGCGGGUUCUCCAAAUACUUGCAUCGUUUUAAGUGCAAGGAGGACCCGUCGUGCUCAUGCGAGUCGGGAACCGAACAAGACGUCUUACAUUUGAUAGUUGAUUGUCCGAUAUAUAAUAGACAAAGACACGAUGUAGAACACGAAAUAAAUACUAAA